AUGAUAAAGAGGAAUAGAUGGAGUAAGAAGCAGGCUCAGCGCCAGUCAAACCGCGCCAGCGAGGAGUUAAGGCGGACGUACCUUGAGGUCAUCGGUCGCUAUGAACCGGAGGAUCUGAUCUUCCUUGACGAGUCUAUAUUCAACGAGAAGACUGGCUGGCGCCGGCGACAUUAUCACUACCUCCGUCCGAACUUUCGCACCUUUGGCGACUUCCUAACGGCUGCAAUUGAGCGCAGCCGGUGCGAUCGCUUUGCUCGAAAGCAGUUCCGUCACGCGGCUGGAGGCGUGUACUGUGCGAAGGAGGACAUAGAUAGAAUCCGCGCGGAGUUGGAGGCGUACGAAAGGGGCGAGACGGAUAAUUGGGUUGAGGCUUGA